AUGAAAUACCUGAAUCCUGCCUCAGUUCAAGGAAACACCACUUUCAAUUUAAAUGGACUUCACCCACAAAUCCAGGCAACCCUGGAAAGCCUUAAAACACAGGUAAAGCAGAGAACCCGUGGUAACCUUACAAAAACACACAGGGAGGCGCUACGCGCCCUUAAGGCUCGCCCAGACAUUAUAAUUAAACCCGCGGAUAAAGGCGGUACUGUAGUAGUCUGGAGAAAAACGAACUACACAAAGGAAAUGGUAAGGCACCUCUCAGACGAGACGACUUACCAAAAAAUACAGCAAGGCCACACAGCCCUGGAGAACGCCAGGACAAGGAGUAGAAACCUGGUCCUGAAAUUCUUUAACAAUAAACAAGCAAACUCAACAGGAUGUAUACUUAGCUCAGCAGCAAGAGACUAUUACCUUGCCUUUAAAGCAGAGCUUCCGAACCUAUACCUCCUUCCUAAGAUUCAUAAAGAUUUACACCCUCUUACAGGUACAUGGCAGGGCAGACCAGUCCUUAGCGGUUGCAAAGCACCAACUCGCCCAAUUGACUUGAUCUGCACAGCAUUACUAAACCCCCUUCUCUCUCUUUUAGAUGAACGCCUGAAAGACACAACUGAUCUUUUGCUGAAACUGAGGGAUUUGAAUGCAAGCAGAGGACCCGUCCCAGAGAACACGACCCUGUUCUCCCUUGACAUAGUCUCCCUCUACCCAAGCAUCCCCCAACGGGAGGCAGCGAGAUUGGUCUCGACGUACUUCGACGACCAUAAACACCUCAUACGCCAGCCCCUCAGAGACGCAGGAGUUUGGAGGCCCCCAUCAAGGGCACUCCUGGAGGAAGCGAUUCUGCAUGUCAUGAGGGAUACAGUUCUAUCCUUCGAUUCAGCAGCGUACAGACAAGUAAAGGGAACGGCAAUUGGAGCAUCAAGUAGUGUGGCUAUAGCGGAAAUCUUUGUUCACGUGGCCUUUGAGCACCAGAGAGCACUCCGCCCAGAUAAACCAGACGUGUACUUCCGUUAUAUUGAUGAUAUUUUCGGUAUAAUGACUGGACAAGACACACUCCUCCAGUCUUUAUACACCUGGACAAAUACAGCCCACGAAAAUCUGAAGUUCACCUUGGAGCAGAGUAAAACAGAGAUAAACUUCCUGGAUACGACAGUGUUCAUUGGCAGUGAGGACAGACUCCUUCACACGAAGGCCUACUACAAGCCCACGAACCUGCACACGUAUCUACGAUAA